AGUCACAGGUAGUGGGUUUUUUUCUCCCAGGCAGUAAUCCAAAUCCAUCAGACUGACAAGAGGCUGCCACUUGCUAUAAAUAACAUGCAAAUAUAUCAGUGAUGGGCUGCACUACAAAGAAGGAACAUGUUAUUUUAAACUAAGUGGGAUUUUUAAGGACCCCAAGUAACAAUGGGAAGGAUCACGGCUCAGCUGCUUCUGCUCCUGCUAAUUUCCACAGGACAAGUUUAUGCAGUGUCUUUCUAUGGCAACAGCUCCAUCCGUCUGCAGACAGAGGAAACAUCUUUUCAAACCUCGCUCCGCCUCCAGUUUAAAACAUCUCGUCAGCAAGGCCUGUUGUUUCUGGCAGCGGGGCCCAGUGACUUCUUGCUGUUGGAACUCACCUCUGGAUGCCUCCAGGUGCGCGUGGACCUCGGCUCGGGUGAACGAUCCCUGCGCUCAGAAGGGGGCGCCAGCCUCAGUGAUCUGAUGUGGCACUCUGUCGACGUCACUCACAACCAUCAUCGUGUCUCAAUGACCGUGGACAGAAGUUCUCACACAAGAGUCCACCUGCCAGGAACCGAUGUGGAGCUCAAUGUGGACACCCUUUUUGUCGGCGGCGCACCGGGACUCAAUCAUCCUCAAAUUGUUAACGUCUCCAGUGGAUUCAGAGGUUGCUUAGAUGAAGCUGUUUUCAAUGAUCUCAAUCUUCUGUCCAGUUUGAGGCCUUAUACCAACUACGAAACUGUCCAUGAGGUGUCUCUGGGGUGCAGUCAUCUGUUUUCUGCAACAGAACACGAUACCGUCCACUUUUUCAGCUCCAAAGCAUUCAUCGCUCUGCCACCAUGGGAUUCCGAACAGGAAGUUCUGUUUGAAUGUGAGCUGCACCCAUCUGGGAACGAAGAUGACGGUUUAGUUCUGUAUAGUGCUGCUCUUCAGGGAGGUGUUGUAUUAGAGAUAAGAGGUGGUCACCUGGUCGCAAUAGUUGGAAGUGGAGAGGGGAGUAAGACCGAGUUGUACUCGGAUAUAAAACUCCACGGCAACCACACGUGGUAUCCGAUCCGACUGCACGUGCUACCCCACGCCGUACAACUUAAGAUAGGUGAAGAGUUUCUACAGGCCAGUCUAAGUCCAGCAUUGCACCUCCUGCAACUCAGAGGGCCUCUCUUUCUGGGGGGAUUAGAAGACCAAACCUGGAGUGACGCAAGUCGAGUUGGACUUGGAAAGCCGAUUGGCCGCAGAGGUUCUUUUAGAGGCUGCCUCCGAGAAAUUAAAGUCAACGCUCAAAGAACCGGCCUCCCUCAUGUGGUCAUCUCCAGGGACAUCACUGCGGGCUGUGCGAUGGGCCAAACAUCGGAUAGCGUGUCCGACGCCAGAGCUAGGCAUUAUGCUGAGUUAGAUACUCUGAAGGCACGAGAGAUAAGUGAUACAAAUGACUCCAACGUCCUGUUGCUGAGAAGCCUCGAGGUAGCAGAAGGAAGCUGGGCACCAUUGGAACCCAAGCAUAUAAAUGUGAAUUUGGAUUUCGCACAAUUGGGCUUACAUCCAUCUGAGUUCAUGUUCCGUGUUGAGGAACAGGCAGUUCAUGGCCACCUGCAGCUCGACCCCAGUCCUGAAGGUCUCAAAGGGGGAGCUGUCCCAGUCCAGGGAAAGGAGACAGACCUGAUUUUUAGCAUGCUUGACCUCUGGCUGGGCCGAGUGAUAUACGUUCACAGCGGCUCGGAGGUUCUGCAUGACAACUUUUUGUUCUCCAUCUUCUCAACCCACAAGAAGGAACUUCCUGUGCAUCUGCGGAAGCAUCAACUCUACCAGUUUGACAUCAGCAUCAGUCCGGUUAAUGAUGCGCCUAUGCUCAGCCUGCCGCAGGGAAAUGUUUUUAUUCUUCUUCAAAAUACCACUAGGCAGCUAACAAGAGACUUGCUGAACGUAUCAGACCCUGAUAGCAGUAAAGCUGACUUGGUCUUCAGCUCCAUGGGAAACUUCGACAAGGCCGGACAUCUUGAACACAAAGAUCACCCCGGCAGGGCUAUUAAAGUCUUCUCCCUGCAUGAUCUGGAAGAGGGUAAGAUUAGCUUUGUCCACACUGGGGUCUUGACCUCCAGAAUGGCACUUAGGGUCAGUGAUGGUCAGAAGGUAAGUGUUGUAAUCACUACAAGUCAACGAAUCAUUGAGAUUGGAUGCUUUUUCGAAUUGAUUAUGCAUCACGGUUGUUGUGUUUCUCUCCAUUUUCAGUUCAGCACCACGGUCGUUUUGAGGAUUCUUGCCGUGGAGCUUGAGCACAAGCUAGUGAACAACACCGGACUGGAAAUUAAGCAGGGCGAAGCGUCACUCAUCACCAUCAAUCAUCUUGCAGUGCAAGUUAAUGUUGCUGAUCAGCCUUUGGAAAUUCUGUAUAAUAUCACAGAGCUGCCUCAAUAUGGGGAGAUCCAAAGUUUACACUCAAGUGGCGAAUGGAAAACAACAACAUCCUUCUCUCAGAAACUUCUAGAAAAAGAACAGAUCAGGUACCUCAGUACUUACCGUGGCCUCCAGAAACAGAAUAUCACGGACCAAUUCCGAUGCAAUGUCAGCAUUGGUUCUUUGGCAACAGAGAAACUUGUGUUUGCCAUUGUGAUACGAUGGAUUCAUUUUAAGGUCACAAGAAGCAAGAUGGAAGUCAACGGUGUACUGAAAGCGGUUGUUACUCCCGAAGACUUUCAUGUGAUCACCAAGGGUGUCAAAUUGAAUGAGAGUGACCUCUAUUUCAGACUUCUAACGGAACCCAAGAAAGGGCAGCUAUUUCUCAUUGAUAAACUUCUAAAAAAGAAUUCGACUUUCAGCCAGAAGAAUAUCACAGAUGGCUUAGUGACGUAUGAAUUGUUCGCGAAGCUGCUCAAUGACACGAGAGACAUCUGUAGCUUUCAGGCAUUUUCUACGCUGGCCAACUCACCAAGCCAUGACUUCAGAAUUCACAUCAGAGCCGAGUCAACUGACUUCACCAUCGUGAAUAAAGGCCUUUCAGUCGUGGAAGGUGGAAGUAAAGUCAUUACGAAAAGUAUUCUCUUCAUUAACACAGUGAGUAACCGCGAGGUCCACUACAGCAUUACGGCGCAUCCAAGGCACGGCCAAAUAAGAAGGACCAACCUCUCCAACUUAACCUCGAUCGACAACAAAAUUCUAGCUUUCACCAAUCAGGAUAUCAUUGAGGAAAAGGUGAUGUAUGUUCAUGAUGACAGCGAGACCAAGCAGGAUUCCUUCGCUUUUCAAAUUGUAGUUUCCAAACCAACCAGACUCAACGGCAGAAAGGAGGAACGAAACACAAUGGAACACACCGUAAACGUCUCCAUCCAACUCAUCAAUGAUCAGCGACCCAUCAGGGUUGUCGAUAAAGUUUUCCAUGUGGCCCGAGAUGGCCAGAGAUUGGUGACUUUGAAUGAUCUUUGUUACCGGGACGAUGACUCGGACUUUGAGGAUGACUGGUUGGUGUACACUCGGAGGGGGAUUCCGAUGGGGGAGCUGGUCUUGGCCGGCGCACCCAAUCACAAACUCUACGAGUUCACACAGAGAGAUCUCAAGCAGAAAAAUGUGCUGUUUGUACACAGUGGAGUCAGCUUUGGUCGUUUCGUCUUUUUUGUGUCAGAUGGGAAACAUUAUGUUUCUACCUUAAUGGAGGUGAAGGCGCAGGAUCCUUACCUUGAAGUCCAGAACAACACAGGUCUCAUGGUCCAGCAGGGUGGCAUAACAACUGUUACCUCAUAUAACCUCAGCGUUUCCAGCAACCUGGACAUCCGAGAUCCGCAGCAAAUCACGUUUGAGGUCUUCGUUCCGCCCAAACAUGGAGUCCUCCGUUUUAAGGAUGGCGAAGCUGCAGCAGUGCCAGGUGCCGUUUCAUCAUUCAGCCAGGAAGAUCUGGAGACGAAGUUCUUGGUAUAUCACCAUGAUGGAAGCCAUGAGUCAGCCGAUGGUUUUAAUAUCACUGCAAGAGCAAGGGAGAAAAGCGGAGAUGGAAGGUCAGAUGAUUGGCGGAGGGAGGUCCAUCUGGACAUUGGAGUGCAGAUAAAAAUCUACCUCGAAAGUCAUCAGAGGCCACCAACAGUCCUCAACAAUCAUCCAGUGGUGGUUGCGGAGGGACAGAAUGUUUCGUUAAACAAGGACAAUUUAGAGGUGUUUCAUGAGGAUAGCCGUCCUUCAGAGAUAAUCUUCACCAUCCAAAAUCCUCCAACCCUCGGCUUCAUCGAAAGGUUUUCCCCUGAGAAAAAGCAUCGGGCAAAAAAUGGUGGACGGCAGAAUCUCUUCCAGGCAUUCAGAUGGCAGCCAACAACCUCUUUCACCCAGGAGGACAUCAACAAGGGUUCGGUUAUCUACCGGCAGAGGGCUACGGGAAGCAGCAGCAAUGACUCUGUUCUGUUGGAAGCCACCAAUGGGCUAACCAAGGUUGGACCCAUUAGACUGGAAAUUGAUAUUAUUCCCAGACUGCUGCCACUAAAGGUGUCUGACCUGACCUUGGAUGAGGGGUCGUCCCUGCCGCUGACGACUGACAUCAUCAUGGUAGACAGUCAUCACUUCUCAGUGAUGAAUUUCCUCUAUCAGAUUGUUGUUCCUCCACGACACGGUCACUUGGAGCACAUUCGGAUCCCAGGAAUGCCCAUCACUGCAUUCACACAAACUGAGGUGGAACGUGAGUACAUUUCCUAUAUCCACGAUGGCAGUGACACAGUGAGAGACAACUUCACCAUCAUGGCUAACCAGACAGACAACCAGAAGCACAGUCUUCCCUGCGUUGUCCAUAUCAAUGUCAUGCCUGUUAAUGAUGAGACACCUGUUGUUACAAGAAACCAAGGUCUGAAGUUUUGGGUGGGUUCUGUGACAGAAAUCUCGGUGGAUGAUCUAAGCGCGGAGGAUGCCGACACUCCGCCCAAGUUGCUCGAGUUCAUCGUCACACCACCCAGUAAUGGCUACCUCGCUCUCAGGAGUUUCCCCUCCAAACACAUCCUGAACUUCACACAGAGUCAUAUUGAAAAUGGCCAGCUGGUCUUUGUGCACAAUGGUGCUUUGUCCGGAGGUUUCCACUUCCAAGUUAAUGAUGGAGUGAACUUUGCCCCUCGCCAGAUCUUCAGCACUACGGCUCAUUCUCUCGUGCUUACACUAGAAAGGAACCGCCCACUUGAGGUGUACCCAGGUUCAGUGACCCCAAUUUCUCAGCAAGAGCUUCAGGUGGUGACCAGCAACUCGAUUGACGUCACAAAAAAACACACCGUGGAGUUUACAGUGACCGUUCCUCCGAAACAUGGGCGCUUGCUGCGUCACAUGCCUGACAACUCUACUCAGAACAUUUCGAGAUUCACACAGAGCAUGGUGAAUUCGGGGGUUAUAUUGUAUGAUCAGAACAAGCCAGAUUCAGCGGGAUGGUUGGCUGCGGACACAUUUUCUUUCACUGUGUCUUCUCCUCCUGCCUCCCUCCCACCAACUACCUUCACAAUCUUGAUCUCCUACCAAGCAAACAACCAUCACCAUCACCAUGACACCAGACUCUCCAACAAUGCAGGUGCUGUGGUGUCAGAGGGUGGCAGGGUUACCAUUGACCAAUCGAAACUGGAUGCCUCUAAUCUCCUGGAGAAAGUGCCAAAGCCACUCCAGAAAAACCAUCAGGUCGUUUACCGUGUUAUUUCCCUGCCACAACACGGAGCUUUGUCAAUCCAAGGACGCAACCUCACCAGAGACCAACCGGAUUUCUCUCAGAUCACUCUGAACAAGUCUGGCAUCGCAUACAUCCACGAUGACUCCGAGACCACGAGUGACAGCUUCACUUUUCAGGCCUGGGUGGCCCCUCUGGAUGCUUCCUCGUCUUUAUCUCCGUCUCACUUGUCCGCUUUUCCCUCGGAUUCCUCCUCGUUGCCAUUCUAUUCGGCCUCGUCCUCCCUUUUGCCGGUCGACUUGCUGCCUCCUCACCACGUCAAGGACAGCCUGACUGUGAUGGAGACUUUUAACAUCAGAGUGACGCCGGUCAAUGACCUGCCGCCAUUGCUUCGGAACAGAUCCCCGAGUAUGAAAGUUGUAGUUGGGGAAAGAGUAGUUCUUGGACCAGAGAGUUUGCAGGUUGAAGAUCAUGACACCCCUCCAGAGGAGCUGCAUUACCUUGUGAUCAGCGAGCCCAACAACGGCUACCUGACGCUGGGCGAAAGACCGGAACCUGUAACGUCUUUUACGCAGUAUGAUGUCAACCACGGCCGGCUGCAUUUUAUACAGCAGGGUGAGCCAUCAACUGGUGUUUUCUACUUUAACGUCACUGACGGACAUCAUCGUCCACUCUACAAACUGUUCAGUUUGGAGGUGAUUAAGCCCUCCGUUUCCAUCGUGAACAACACCGGCCUAUCAUUGGUUCAAGGCAGGACCGCAGUGAUCCUGACGACCGACCAGCUGGCUGCACAAACAAACAGUCGCACCGAAGCCAACAUCACUUAUACGGUCACCGCACACCCUCGUCACGGACGCAUCGCAAUCAACGACCAGGAAGUCAUGACCUUCUUCCAUGAGGAUCUCCAAUAUGGCCGCGUUGUCUAUCACAUGACUGAUCUAAGCGAGUCGGAGGACAGCUUUCAGAUCUCUGUGUCGGCCUCGGCGCCGGGUGUCGAGUAUGGAAACGUGAGCGCCCAGACGGUGAGGGUAGUCGUGCGACCUCUCAUCUAUCUGCGAGAACCAGUGAGAGUCCCCAGUGGCAUCGCUGUGAAACUGGGGAAAUCCAUGAUGGAUGCUUCCGAACUGGCGAGAAUCAGCAGAGUCAAUCCGGUCUUUGAGGUUCUGUCCCCACCGAAACAUGGGAAACUUGUUAAGAUGUCAUAUGACCCCAACGGAGCCCCAGAAGUCCUCAAGUCGUUUACUUUCCGUGACGUGGUUCAAGGACGAGUUGCCAUUGAGGAGACACUGAGCGAUAACGACGGUCCACUCCCGAAGAACAAAUCCGUGCUCGUGACAUCUCGAGGCCACGCCCCUGCCACACCUCUCAAUGAUUCGUUCGUCUUCAUGUUGAAAGCGGGAAACGUCCAGCCGGCCAAAGGUGAGCUUCACUUCACCAUUUUACCCCACCACCAAAUGCGCCAUGGCCUGCCUAGCUCGAAAAAAGCUGAUGGUGUGAGUAGUGAACAUGAGAUGACGCGCCUGCCCACACGGAACAAGACCACCGCAGCAGGGGGUAUAGGAGGGGCGGGGAAGGGAGCCCCCACGUCCGGCAGGGCAGAAGUGGAUUCACACCCUCACAUAUUGACACCCAAGAACCACAAUAAGACACACCAUAGACAGAGACUUCACCACCGCACAGCAAAUCACAAGCGGGGUGGGACUCAUGGCAGCCGGUCAGGGAGUGAUGUGGAUGAACCAAUGUGGCGACGCGGAUCCCCAGCGCAGACUCGCCCUCCCUCCGAGCCAGAACACGGUCCAGCAAAGCCUCCUGACACCCGUCCUGUUCACGUGGAGGUCCUCCCUCGACCCGCCUCAGACCCUCUGCUCAUCAUCCUGCCGCUGCUGGCCUGUUUGUUCCUCAUCGUCAUCCUCGUGGUGUUAAUUCUGGUGUUUCGACACAGAAAGGAAAAGCUGGCCAGAAUGCGUCUUCUUCAGGAGCUGGCCGCGUUGCACCUACCCACCGAGGGUAGCCCAUACCACGGCCGGCCGGAGCAAAGCGUGGCCGUGCCGUCCGUGGUGGUCACCCCGCUUGGUGCUGCCAGUUGUCCCGCCUCACCUCGGGUACCAGAAGGCCCCAGGAGGCGGAGUCUGGCCCCUGGCAUGACCUUCUGGGGGCCAUUUGAUGCUGAAGCUACAAGCGGUGAUGAGAAUAUGAGAGGUUGUGAGAGUAGUGAAAGAGAGAGAGUUUUUGGCAGAAAUUCAUUACCGCUCAUCUCUGUGGAAUUCCAGACCUCUCGCAGAUCUAAAUCUCCCACUCCAAUGCUGAAAGACGACCAGUAUUGGGUUUGAUUGAAAAUAUGGUGUUCCCUUGUGUACUUACGAUUGAUAUUCGCAAAUUAACCUAUUUGCUGAAUUUGGCGAGGACUUUUUCCUCUUGAGCUUAAAACCUCACCUAUUUUCUGUUUCUGCGGUCAGAUCAAAGACUUGUCUAAUAUACAAGUACAGUACUACUUUGGCGCCAUCAUGACUUCUUGCUGCCAAAUAACCUUAAGUAAAGGGAGGAGCUUCAUUGGCAGGCCAUAGCACUGCUGAAUAGAAAAGUAGUGAUCCCCAACAUCUUGUGAGCCCGAUCAACAAUUACAAUCCUUUGUGGGAAAUUGUCAAUUUACUAUUCGUGGCAGUGCUCCAUCCCCAUCCCCCGUGGAAAAUGAAGCAACAGGUUACUGGGAAUCAAAACAAACUGUGCCUUCGAGGUGUACACUUUGCAUUGUUGAAUAAGACGCAUGUAAUUUAUGCAUGUUUUCAAGAUGUGUAUUCAUUCUGUUUGCUUUAAAAACAUUCAUUUUCCUCUCAUGCCAUGUAACCCAAAUCUUACAAACAGCUCUCAGUACGAUGCGGUGCAGUGAUCCACAGUUGCACACUACAACCGCAAUAAUAAACAAAAUAUUCUUUUUUUAUUUGUUCUUGAGCAUAUUUUAAUUGUAUAUUGCAUGUGUUUUGUUGUAUUGGUUCAUCCAUCUGAACAGGUUAUCCUAUCGAGAGUCAGUUUAGAAAUAUCCAACCAUCCAUUUUCUAAUCCGAUUAUCCUCACAACGGUCGACAAAGACGAACAACCAACCACACUCACACUCACGCUCACACUCACACCUAGGGACAACUUGGAGUAUUCAAUCAGCCUGCCAUGCAUGUUUUUGGAACUUGUGAGGAAACCGGAGUACUCGGAGAAAACCCACGCAGGCAUGAAGAGAACAUGCCAACUCCACACAGGAAAGCCGCAGCCAACCCUGCACGUCUGUACUGUGAGGCCGACGUGCUCACCAGUCGCCCACUGUGCCGGCCCAGUAGAAAUAUAUCCAGAUGAAAUAUAUUCUCUACAUUGCUUUUUUUUUUUUUUUUAGCCAUAAUAGUCCUAAUAAGAUUGAGUGAUGUAAAUCCAAAUUUAUUUUUUGUCUCAGCUAAAUUUACUUUCUGCAAAAAAGCUUUUUGGUUGCACUUUAUUGUUUGACAAGCUCUCAUGUUGACCUCCCUUGCUAAUUCAAUGGGGUUUUCUUUUUUUGUCAAUGCAUGUUGAAAAGUUCACGUUCUUUCCUAAUUUAAUGCUCACGUCUGUUACCAUACACUAUAACAUUAUUUUUGGGCGGGGGGAAUAAAAAUGUGCAUGCUCAUUUUAUAUCAAAUGAGUCUACGCUCUUUUUUUUUCUUGCGCUCUUCAAAGAACAUGACUAUUUAGUCAGUGUCUAUUCGACUCAAUAUAUUUUGUAAAACCCGCAGAGCGUUUAUCCUGCAGUGCAUGAAGCGUGGCCCAAGUGGACGGCAUGGCUUGGUGGUGAUGUGCCUCACAUUUUAAAAGAAUAAGAAUAGAAAAAUGAAAUGGUUUUCUGUUUUGUAACGCUUUGACUGUUGUUAGUAUGGGGAAAUUGCGCUCCCUUGCGGAGACACGUAACAGUGCUGCCGAGUGU